UGAACCUCCCAUGAAGGCGGGGCCUGCGGCUCAUCCAGAAAAUGUCAACAACAUGCCGGAGUCCUGGGAAACAGAAACCGAGGAGAGAGGGAGGGACAUCCAACAAAGAGACCCAGAAAACCAGAAGUCUCGUAACGUCGUGUCAUUUAUCUCCCAGUUAGCAGACGAUCACCUGACUCUUGUGCGGAACAUCAGCACUGGACUGGCUGUUACUGGUGUGAUUGUCCUGGCAAGAAGCAUCAGAGUGAUCACAAAGUUUCAAGCUGCAUCUGAGAUCCCUUCCCGUUUCAUUGAGAGGAACGUCAGCCUUCGAGGGAAAGUUCAUUCCGUCACUGAAAGAGGAAUUGAAGUCGAGCACAUCCCAAUUUAUCUGCCAGUCAUCUCUCCAUUACUGUCAAAGCAGCAGGAUGUGUCGACAUCUCGGCUGUGGGUGCAUCUGUCUGGAGUCGAGCUAACACCGGAAGGAAAGAUCUGGCUGCAGAAGAACCUGGUUCCUCCACAAACUGUUUGGCUAAAGCUUAUCAGCCGACAGGACAGCACUCUGCACUGUUUGGUGUCCCAGAGCAGGCAGGGGUCAAUAUGGAGUUACUGCAUGAACGAAGAGCUCCUCCGGCUUGGCCUGGCUCGCAGGACACCCAUCACAGGGGUCCCCCUAGGCUCGCCUCUCUACUGGCGCCUGCACAAACGGCUACACAGGGCAGAGGUGAAAGCUGAGAAGAAGGGUCUGGGUCUGUGGAAAAAGGAGAGCCUGUGGGAGAGGGCUUCCAUAGCACUCAAAGGCAAUCCUUUACUCAGAUUGAUGCGGAGGAUCUUUAGAAGGACUCGUACUGAGUGACUCAUUAAUCCAAGUCAAACACUGUGUUGCUGGGUGUUUCAAAAGCCACCAUUGUUUAAGGAACCAAAUUAAUUGUAUUGAUAGAGUUUGUCCAACGCUCAGCUAAGCCUUAAAAGCUUGAAAGACGUGAAACGCACAAGAGAGUCAAAAUUUCUUCCUCUUUCUUUUACAUAACAAGAAGCCCAACAAAUGAAAUCGCACAUGUUCAAAAUGCUUAUGGAAUCGGAGUAUUCUUUCAGUGAUUGAAAUAAAAAUGCUGUUUAAGGUGCCUGCUUGAA